GCUGAUUUGGGGGCUCCUGGGAACCAACCAACCGACUGUGUUUUGACGUUUGUGAACGAGACUGCAAUGAGUUCAUUAAAAGAAAAGAUCAUCACUGUUGUCGGAAGCGGUCUGAUUGGCCGCUCCUGGGCUAUGGUUUUCCUGAGUGGAGGUUACAAGGUCAAACUCUAUGACAACAAACCAGGACAGGCAUCAGGGGCUAUCGCAGAGAUCAGGAAACAGCUUGAGGAGCUUCAACAAGCCAAAAUGCUCAGAGGAAACCUCAGUGCCACAGAGCAGUUGAGUCGACUCAGCAGUCAUGAGGACUUACAGCAGGCCUUAGAUGGGGCUUUCUUUGUUCAGGAGAGUGUAUUUGAAGAUCUGGAAGCAAAGCAGAGCGUCUUUCAUGCGGUGGAGGAGCUUGUCUCAGAAAGCGUGAUCCUCAGCAGCUCCACAUCCUGCCUGAUGCCAAGCAAUGUGUUCUCUCAAGUCCAGAACCGAACCCGCUGCAUCGUAUCCCAUCCGGUAAACCCGCCCUACUAUGUGCGUCUGGUGGAGUUGGUGCCACACCCCGAAACGCUGCCCGCUGUGAUGGAGGUUGCUUACUCACUGAUGACAGAUGUGGGACAGGCACCUGUGCGUCUUAGGAAGGAGAUAGAUGGUUUUGCUUUAAACCGGGUUCAAUAUGCCAUCAUUGCUGAGUCCUGGAGGCUGGUUCAGGACGGAGUGAUCUCAGUGAAGGACAUCGAUCUGGUGAUGUCUGAGGGCCUGGGCAUGCGCUACGCCUUCAUAGGUCCCAUUGAAACCAUGCAUCUCAACGCACCAGAAGGUAUGAAAGAUUAUCUUCAGCGCUACAGUGAGGGCAUGAAGAGGGUUCUUAAUACUUUUGGGCCUGUUCCAGAUUUUUCUGGAGAGCCCGCAGCUAGAGUUAUAAAAGAGAUCUGUGAAAUGAUUCCUGGCGAGCAGGAGCAUCUAUCAGCUAGGAGAGAGAGAAGAGAUCAGCUGCUGAUGGGACUAGCUAAACUCAAGGAAUGAGGCUAGUCAAUAAAAUGAAAAUGCUUUGAAAUCAUGGUUUGAGCCCUUGUUGUUCUUGGUUGAAUAUUUCAGUUUCAGUGUCUGAUUACAGAAGAAAAUAACUGAAGCAAAAGCUAACUUUACAAAUUUCCUCAGAAUGUUGCUUUAGCUAUGAAAUUUACCAUUGCAUUAACAGUAUUUUUAAAAGGCUUACAUUUGGAAUUAUUACUUGUUUCAUUGAAAUAGCUGAAGCACCUUCUUGCUUAUGGUGAUUUGAAAUUUACAAA